CCCCCGGAUUGCAUCUCGUCCGAACGCGAUUGGUUCGCUUGGACGAGCAUCAUGGUCCCGUGGAGAACCCCUCGGGGUUGAAGAGCAUAAAGUCUGUCAGACCCCCAGGUCACCCCGCAGACCCUUCACCUGUUGCGUUCUCCCACUCGAUUCUGCCAACGACAUUGAUCAAGGAUGAGCAUCGAACCCACCAACGAGAAGCGAAACGUCGCGCACUUCGAAAUCGAAGAAAACGCUGGUCUUCAAGAUGGCUCGUUGCUCGAAGCUACUACUACUGGAGGCACCGGGACUGAAAAGGGUUACGCUGGAUCUUUUAUCGGGGACACUCACCGCGCAGAGACUCGCAAGGCUGAGCGAAAGUUGCUCUUGAAGCUAGACGUCGUGAUCUUGCCUCUCGCUUUCCUGCUCUACCUGUCCGCCUAUCUCGAUCGAGGAAACCUGGGAAAUGCGCGUCUACAAGGUCUUCAGAAGGAGGCUCUGGAUAACAGUGACGAAAAAUACUCCUUGGCCCUCUCGUGCUUCUUCAUUACCUACAUCACAUUGAGUAUCCCAGGAACUCUGCUUGCCAAAGCCGUAGUACCUUCGACCUCGAUCUCGAUUGGUGCUAUGAUCUGGGCUGUUGCUGCUACCGCACAAGCUGGCGUCAAGAACCCCGCUGGGGUUUACGUCUGUCGUCUCUUCGUCGGAGUUGGAGAGGCCAUGUUCGGGCAGGCGGUCGCCCUCUACUUUUCCUAUUGGUACACCAAGUCCGAAAUCUCCAAACGGGUCGCUUUGUUCAUCGGCGCUGGAGCACUAGCGGGCGCCUUCGGAGGUCUGAUCGCCUACGGUGUAGCAAGGAUCCAUCACCCCAAGAUCGAAGCCUGGCGUGUGCUCUUCUUGAUUGAAGGGUGUCCCUCCGUCCUACUCGCCAUCUGCGUCUUCAUCUUCCUGCCUUCCCGCCCUCAAUCGAGUAAAUACCUCAAUGAGAACGAACGCACAUUGGCCAUCACCCGGCUCAACGCGGAUUCGCUCAACGAGGGGGACAACGGGAUCGAUUGGAGUGGCGUCAAGCGGGCAUUCUUGGACUGGAAGACCUACAUGAUCGCCAUCGCAUACUCGUGCAUGAACCUCACCCUUGGUUCCGUUUCUGGAUUCCUGCCGACCAUUAUCAAAGGUCUCGGAUACUCCGCUGCGCAGGCUCAACUUUACACAGUCCCGCCCUAUGCUGUGGCUUUGGUGGUCACCAUGUUGCUGUCCACUCUUUCCGACAGGUUCAGGUCCCGAGGCCUCUAUGCGGCGGGAGUCUAUAUCUGUGGAAUUGUUGGCUGGGCGAUUCUCUAUGCCGUUAGCCCUGUUCACGCCAGUCACUCCGACCUGCACGUCCGCUACUUCGGAUGCAUCUUGAUCGUUUGUGCGGGUUACGGAGCGAUCCCCAUCAUCAUCUCUUGGCAAUCGAACAACUGUGGAUCGCAGAGCCAGCGUGCCGUUGCACUCGGAAUGUUGAACACUAUCGGCCAAUGUUUGUCUAUCCUGGCGUCCUACUCUUUCCCCAGUCACGAAGGACCGCGGUUCCACAAGGGUAUCACCCUGAACCUGGCCUUCCAGGCUCUGGGUUUCUGCAUCUGUAUCGGAAUGACUCUCUACUACCGAGCGGAAAACAAGCGUCGAGACAGGAUCGAAGGAGGACGUCCGGUUGAAGGCACCGUGCUCAACGUUAUUGAAGAGCACGAUCUCGCUCCUGGGUUCCGAUACAUUCCUUAAAUUUGAAGGGCUUUCAUGGCGAAAAACAGUGUCUUACGUAUUUGUAUAUCAUUGGGGAAUCUUCCGGCAGCCCGUUCGGUAC